AUGGCCAUUUUCUCAACCGAUAAUCCCUGGGCUUUUGCUUUUGGCCUUCUAGGUAAUCUUAUAUCUUUCGUGGUCUUUUUGACCCCAGUACCAACAUUUUAUAGGGUAUGCAAGAGGAACUCGACCGAAGGGUUUCAAUCGGUUCCGUACGUGGUUUCUUUGCUCAGCGCCAUGCUCUGGCUAUACUACGCAUCCAUCAACUCUGAGUCCAAUGAUUUCCUUCUCAUCACUGUCAACUCAGUGGGAUGUGUCAUAGAGACUAUCUACGUUGCUCUCUACCUUGCUUAUUCUCCUAAGAAAGCCAAGAUAUUUACAGUGAAGCUGAUGGUGACGGGCUUUGGAGGGUUUUGUUCCUUUCUUCUCUUGUCCGGCUUGUUAACAAAGGCAUCAACCAGGGUCCAACUUCUUGGGUGGCUUUGUGUUGGAUUCUCCGUCAGCGUCUUCGCAGCUCCUUUAAGUGUUAUGAGAAUGAUGAUCCGGACCAAAAGCGUAGAGUUCAUGCCUGCUCUCUCAUUUUUCCUCACUCUCAGCGCUGCGACUUGGCUCCUUUACGGUUUAUUCCUCAAGGACAUCCGUGUUGCGGUUCCAAACGUACUGGGUUUUAUCCUUGGAGUGUUUCAGAUGGGACUGUAUCUGAUAUAUAGGAAGACGAAUGUGAUGGUUUUGGAGCAACCCGAUGUUGACACCUAA